AUGCCCAACAUCAAAGUCGCCUUGGAAAAGCGGAAAAGGGUAUCAAAAGCCUGCAACACCUGUAAGACACGCAAGCAAAAACUCACUGCUCCUUAUCAUCAUAUCCCUUAUACCAUUGUUGCAGUAUGUCACAUUUCGUCUGUUCAAGAUGAGAUUGGUAACUGCUCUUGUCAACGCGAAACUUCCUCUGGUAUCAAUAACGUCAAUCUGUCCAGGUCUGAGCAAAGCUUCAGUGGGCUGCGAUGGCCUGAUAAAUUGCAAGAAUUGCCGCAAGCGAGGGCUACAAUGCGUGUAUCGGCCGAGCACGAUUUGGGCGAACAAUCACCAGAAGCUGCCGAACACUCUGACACACCAGGCACAAGCGGGAAAACAGCCAGUCAAUAUGCAUUAAGAAGAUCGGCAAGUCCAGGGAAACUGGACGGUUUCCGCAUUCUUUCUACAUUGAGAUCCGAAGAAAUUGGACAAUAUACGCCCCCUCGCACAGAGUAUUGCCAGCAGCGAUACCAAAACCUUAUUACAUUGCAUUUCCCGUUGCUAAAACCACCAGACUUUGCUGAAUGCUAUGCAACCGAGUCUUUCGUGGCUCUUGUCAAACAACAUCUGAACCUAGGCUCUGGAUCUUCGAAUUUUACAGAGUCGUCAUGCAUCUCGUCUGGGCCGCAGCAAACUAGCCCUGCUAGUCCGUACCCGACAUGGCCGCCCAAGUUGUCUCACAUCACUACUGCGAGGCGGCAUGAUGCACACUCUUACUGUGUUCGAGCCUUUGAAGUUGCUCACUCGUUCGGGAUUCAUCAGGGGAAAAAGACCGAAAUCGAGAGUUGGUCUGAUACCCAAAAGAUAUCGAGACGAAAUGUCUGGAGAAGCCUUUUCGUUCUCGACAGAUUCCUCGCUGCCACAUUGGGCAAGCCACUGGCUAUUAACCAAUACACUGACGAGUCUCUUGUACUGCCGAAGGGGACCCUUCUCAACCCUGCCGUCGAUGCAUGCCGGAUUAUCGGUGAAACCGUCAAAGUUGUGUAUUUAGGACCCAUGAUUUCGAUGAAAGCCGUCAAGGUCUUGUUAGGAUACCUGGACUCUCUUACAGACGUCAAAGUUGCCCCCCUGGCCCUUUCUGUGGCACAAGUUCGCGUUGACUCGUUCCGCAUCUAUGCCGACAUUCUUCUUUGCCGGCCAUUCUUUCUUCUCCGCUUCAUCGCUUCCGCGCAAGAACGCGAGACUUUGAAUAACAUCGAGCCACAGAUUAACGAGCUAUCCCAAAGAUGUGUAUCCAAGCGUGCAACGACCGUCAAGCCGGAGCUCGAGAGAUAUGCAUAUCAGACCAAGACUGAGAUCAUUAAUGCAUAUGAGUCCAGUCAAUACCGCUCUCCUUUCCAUCAGCGAACACAGAGCAGUUGGGUACCGUCUUAUGAUAGUCGUCGAAGACCAGCAGCCGAUGAUCAUAAUGCUGUCAAACAAGAAAGCCAUGACCAUUUAAACGCUUCCGCUUCUAUCCACCAAACUUUAGUCGAAAACUAUCAGCGUUCCUCGCACAAUGAAGACAGUGGUGAUAUGGAUCUCGACGGCUCACAAUGUGGGCGAUUUGAAUAG